AGUACGGUAAGUUUUUAUUAUAUUGUACUCGACAGUCGUCAUACUAAUAUUGUAGAUUGAAUGAUCUGUACUUCUUUGAGUGCACAAAUAAACAGAUACCGAUAUUGGCUUAGACAUGGGCAAAGGAGGUAAACUGGAUCAGCAGUCAACAAUUUAUACUUUUGAUGAAGUAUCGAAGCAUGACAAGAAAGACGACAGAUGGCUUGUCAUACAGGGUAACGUCUAUGACAUCACCGACUGGUCCAAUCGACAUCCUGGUGGUAGUAAGGUUAUAGGUCAUUAUGCUGGUUAAGAUGCCACAGACGCAUUUGAAGCCUUCCACAAUGAUCUAGAGAGCGUAAAGAGAUUUUUGAAACCAUUACAUCUGGGAACUGUUAAGGAUACAAAGGACAAGAGUAUUAAGGAAGAUUUUAGAAAGUUACGAUCAACUGCUGUACAAAUGGGUCUUUUCAAAGCGAACUUCCUGUAUUUUGCUCUAUAUUUUCUUCAUGUAGUUGUUUUUGAAAUAUUGGCAUACCUCACGCUGUAUUGGUUUGGUAGUGGCUGGAUUCCUUUUCUAAUUUCGUUACUUUUGUACGGAGCUUUUUAAGCUCAGAGUGCUUAUUUGUCACAUGAUUUUGGCCAUCUUGCCGUUUUUCACAACACAGCUUUGGAUCGUUUCUUCGAGUAUUAUUUACUUGCAUUUAACAAGGGAGCUUCUCCGCACUGGUGGAAUCACAUGCAUUUUCAGCACCAUGCAAAACCAAAUGUGAUGGGAAAGGACCCCGAUGUUAGACUCGACAAGUUUCUUGUUGUAGGACAAGUUAUGCCAGUUGAGGUUGCUCAGUCGAAGAAAAGUUCUCUCCCAUUUAAUCUACAAGACAAGUAUUUCCCGCUGUUUGGUCCAACUCUGCUGUUUCCAAUAUAUUUCCACUAUACAUGUUAUAAACAUGUUUUCACUAGAAAGUUAUGGGUGGAUCUUGCCGUUAUGAUUAUCUACAAUAUAAAGUUUUUGUUCCUUUUCGUACCAAUGUUAGGAUGGGGCUGGACACUUGUGUACUAUGAAGCUUUUAGGGUAAUAGAUUCAAUGUGGUUUGCCUGGGUAACUCAGUCUAACCAUAUUCCGAUGAAUAUUGACCAUGAUGACAACAAACCCUGGCUAAAGCUGCAAUUGUUUGCCACAUGUGAUGUUGAACAAUCAUUGUUCAAUGACUGGUUUACUGGACGAUUAAACUUCCAGAUAGAGCACCAUUUAUUUCCUACCAUGCCUCAGCACAACCUAUACAAGGUGCGUCCCCUGGUUCAAUCACUGUGCAAGAAGCAUGGGAUACCGUUCCAAAUUAAAUCUCUGCAAAGAGCAUUUGGUGAUAUCCUGAGGAGUCUAAAGAACUCAGGAGAGUUAUGGAGUGCCGCAUACCAUGCCCACCAUUUGUCAUAGGAACUUAAAUAAUACAACAAAGAUAAACAACAGACACCAUAUGUUAUAUAUAUAAAAAAAUGUACUAUCUAUCCAAGCAGUCUGUUUUGUAAUCAUAUUCUGCAAUGUAUCAAUCUAUUUUAGGGCUGUUUAUUUUCUUAAAAUAAUCAACUGAUGGUUGUCUAUUAAACUGCUGUAUAUGUUUUGCCUAUAUAUUAUAUUAUGCAUAAAAUUAUAGCUUACUGUUAUGUUCAUGUGCAAAUAAAAAGAAAUUCACUAUAAAAAUAAAAAAUACUAUUCAAGUUUAUUUAAGUAGUGCUUCUAGGAUCAAGUGAUUUUUAUUUUGUUUUCUUAAUUAUACUAUCGGAUGCAGUCUGAUCGAAGCCUGUUAUAUAAUCAGACUAAUACCAAUUGCAGAUUGCAUCUAAAAAUUAGAAUCAUAUCAAUACAAAAAGAAAACAACACGUUAUAAAUUUCAUGCGUCCAAAGCUCUUUUCUGGAUUUACCUUCAUCAGGAAGGCUCAAAGCCGAAUAUUUGAAAGCCAAGGAUGUAUAAGAACCAAAACAGGCGAAGAAUUAUACAAUGCAUUGUAAUUUAUUUAUACUAUCUGUAAUGUAA